GGCCCCAAUCAAAACCUUUGACUCAGUAUAUCAAAUGCUUAUCCAUUUUCGCACCCGCAUCCGUUCUCGAACCACUGCCAACCCAUUCAAUCCUCUGCAAACCCUAAUCCCCAAAUCUUCAAAAACCCUAAAAAUGUCUGCAGCCCAGUCGGAUGCAAAGCCAAAAAGACCCAUAUGUCCAUCUUGCUCAAAACCUGCCCGAGUCUGCCUCUGCAGUAGGAUCCGUACCCGGAACCUCGACAACUCCAUAAGUGUAACGAUUCUUCAACACAGUUUAGAAAGAAACCACCCUUUAAAUUCUACUAGGAUUGCAAAAUUAGGGCUCAAGAAUCUCAAUGUGGUCACUGUUUUUGAAGUCGAUUUUGAAGCCCGGUUCGAAAUCAGGUUGCUGGAACCGGGUCUAGGUUUGAUUGGACCGGAAAGUUCUGGGUUUGAUCAAGUGAGGGAAAAGGGAAUAACCCAGAAAGCUGGUUUCGAAGUUAAGGGAGAUGGGAAGUGUCAAGAUGAGAAAAAUAGGGACUUGAUUGAUGAAAAUGAGAGUCCUUGUGAGAAAUUAGAUAAAGGGUCUCAUGUAGAUGCUAUAAAUGGAGAAGGGGUUGUGAUUAAUGCUACUAUGAUUAAGUAUGGAGCUGUUAGUCAUCUUUCUCAUAUUUGGAAAGUAGACACACAUGGGAAGAAGCCAAAAUUUGAACACAUAGUGACAUCUACAAUGGCCAAAGAAGCUUUGAGAGGAGGAUUUGUUGUGAAAAAACUUGGAAGGAAGAAAUUAGAAGGGAACAUGGAACUGGAACUAGAAGAAAGUGAAGAAUUUGAAAUCAAGGUUCCACAAGGAUCAGUACUUUUAUUCCCAAGUCAAAAUGCAAUUGGGGUUGAUGAGCUUAAAUCAAUGCAUUUUGAGGUGAAGAAUUUGAUUGUUUUAGAUGGGACAUGGUCUAAAGCUGGUAGAGUUUACAAUGAGAACCCAUGGUUGAAACUUUUGCCACAUUUGAGGUUGGAUUUGGACAGGAUGAGCUUGUAUAGUGAAAUAAGGAGUCAACCAAAGGUAGGAUGUUUGUCAACCAUUGAGAGCAUUGUAUAUAGUUUGAAAGCCUUGGGUGAGAAGGUUGAUGGGUUGGAGAAUUUGUUGGAUGUUUUUGAAUCCAUGGUUGGGGAUCAAAGGCGCUUAAAGGAUGAAAGGUUGAGUAAAAGAACCAAAGAUUGAUUCUAUUAGUUUCACCAUUGAUGUUACUAUUUCUUGGUGUAAUGUUUCUAAAGCCAAUAUUUUGCUAUUCGGGUUGUUUUUAAAAGGUUAAAUAUGCUCUAAAUUCUUGUAUUCUUGUCAAAUGAUUUAAUUAAUGAGAUUUAAGAGUUUGAGGGUUUA